GAGCUUGUUUGUUUGCAAGAUCAGCCCGUGAAGAUGCUCCAGACCGGCAACUACUCUCUUGUGUUAUUGAUCCAGCUAUCACUGCUGGUCUAUGACCUUUUUGUGAACUCCUUCAGUGAACUUCUAAGAGGAGCACCUGUCAUCCAACUUGUGCUUUUCAUCAUCCAGGACAUUGCCAUCUUGUUCAGUGUGAUUAUCAUCCUGCUGAUGAUGUUCAACACAUACGUGUUCCAGGUCGGCCUAGUGUCACUACUGCUGGAAAGAUUCAGGGCUCUGUUGAUCUUUUCAGCACUGUACCUGACUCUGAGCAUCUGCCUCCACUGCUGGGUGCUGAAUCUAAGAUGGAUUCAGUCAGACCGUUUUGUUUGGACAGAUGGCCUUCAAGCUCUCUUUGUUUUCCAGAGAACAGCGGCAGUAUUAUAUUACUACUUAUAUAAACGGACAGCAGAAUAUAUGGGAGACCCAAGGCUGUAUGAAGACUCUCUGUGGCUGCGUGAUGCCUUCUCUAGAGCACGGCAGUAAACAAAGGACAGACUGAUUUCACAAGAAAAGAGAACCCCUAUUCUGGAUUUUGGACUCUACAUAUUUCCUUUUUUUUUGACACUAUCACACUUGAUAGAAGCUAAUGAUAUUGUACACCUUGU